UUUCCCCUUAAGAUUUUGUGUGUUUGUGUGUGUUGCGGAUGAAAAAAUUCUUAGACAAUUUUUAGUUUUCUACAUUAAAUUAUAUAAAUUUAAUAUUUUGGUGAAUUAGAAAUUGCAGAUAGUUAAAAACUACACAACGAAUUAUUUAUACAUUUUUGUUUGAGAUUAAAAUUUAAGCAAUAUUUCGCUUACAAGACUGGACAAAAGGCAGCCAUAAAAAGAACUGAAACACAAACAUUUAAGAGCAAAGAUGUCAGCAACAUAUAAAUUUGGUUCAGUGAAAUUGACGAAAUGGCAAUUGGCCUUGUUGGUUGGAACACCUUUGGCUAUUGGUAUGGGUGUUUAUGUGUACAAAAAGAUGAACACCACAACAGAAGCAGAGGGCGGUGAUAAAAGGAAAAAAUCUUCAAAAAGUAAACAAUUGGACUCCAACAAACAGUCACUAUCGAUUGAUGGCACCAGCGAAGAUAAGGAAUUGGAAAAAAAGAAAAAGACUGUUGAACUGGAGAACGAAAAAUUAUCUCCUCUCAAAGAGGCCACAAUGUUUAAGAAUGAGGGCAAUAUUUGUUAUCGCAAUGGUAAAUUUGAUGAAGCUAUUAGUUUCUACGACAAGGCCAUUGACAAGUGCCCCAAAGAAAACAAAACAGAUUUGGCCAUUUUUUAUCAGAACAGGGCAGCUUCAUAUGAAAUGUUACGUAAAUGGCCCAAAGUAAAGGAAGAUUGCACUAAAUCAUUGGAAUGUAAUCCACGCUAUGCAAAGGCUUAUUUCAGACGCGCCAAGGCUUUUGAGGCUACCAAUGAAAUGUCUGAAUGUUUAGAUGAUGUAACAGCGACUUGCAUUUUAGAAAUGUUCCAGAACAACAAUACAAUCAUGUAUGCAGAUCGUAUUUUGAAACAAACAGGUCGUGAGGAUGCCGAAAAGGGUAUGAAGGACAAAUCGCCACUUUUGCCCUCAAGAAGUUUUAUCAGCACUUAUUUGCGUUCCUUUGUGGCUGACCCUUUGCAAAACAUGCGUCUGCCAGAGUCAGUAACAACACAAGAAAAAUUACAUGGUUUUGCUCGUGCCAAGCAGGCAUUGGAUGAGCAAAAGUAUGACGAAAUUUUAGCAGCAUGCACAGAGGAGAUCGAAUCUUCUGAAUCGGAAUCACAAUAUAAGACGGAAGCUCUUUUGUUGAGAGGCACCUUCCAUUUGUUAUCUGGUUCAUUCAAUGAAGCCAAACAGGAUUUGGAUGCUGUUAUAAAUAACGAUAAUGCUGAUACCAAACAUAAAUGUUAUGCCUUAAUAAGACGUGCUUCGUACUUCAUACAAUUAGAACAAAAAGACUUAGGUCUCGACGAUUUUGCUCAAGCCCAAAAACUUGAACCCGAAAAUCCUGACCUUUAUCAUCAAAGAGCUCAAAUCUACAUUUUACUUGACCAGCUGCCCGAAGCUUUGCAGGAAUUCGAGAAAGCUGUAAAAUUAGCUCCUCAUAACGCCAUGGCCUUUGUACAGAAAUGUUAUGCAGAAUAUCGUUUGGCUUUAUUGUCACAGGAUCAAAUGCGUCUUAUGAUGGUGAUGAACGAAUUUAAAAAUGCCGUUGAGAAAUUCCCCGACUGUGUGGAAUGCUAUAGUUUAAUGGCUCAAGUAUUAAGUGAUCAACAGCAAUUCCAACAGGCCGAUCAUUUUUAUGAAAAAGCAAUCAAAAUGGCCCCAGAAAAUGCGUCACUCUUGGUACACCGCGGCAUUAUGACUCUACAGUGGGUGGGUGAUAUUGAAAAGGCCGUCGGCCUAAUGCAGAAAUCAAUUGAAGUCGACGAUAAAUGUGAGUUGGCCUAUGAAACAUUGGGUACAAUCGAAGUGCAACGUGCAAACUUGGAUAGAGCGGUGGAAUUGUUUGAAAAGGCCAUUAAAUUGGCAAAGAGUCAAGCUGAAAUGUGUCAUCUGUAUGCCUUGCGUAAUGCUGCAGUGGCACAAAUUAAUGUCACACGUAAAUUGGGUAUUGAUAUGUCGACGAUAUCGGCUUUGGCGCAAGCGGGUAUUAUGCCACCACAACCGGCCAAUUAAAAGAUCUAAGUUAACUUUAUACUAUUAUACAACAACUAUUAUUAUGUAACUAAAUAUUUGUUAAUUCUUAUAAUUUCCUUUAUCUUUUUUUUAAUAAUUGAUAAAACAUUUUUAUCAAAUCGUGUUUUUAGUUUAUUAUAAUAUAAAUUAAAUACAACCAACAUACACCACAGCCAUUUUUACUUAUACAUUUAACUCGAAAAAGGAAUUUGAAAUUCAUUUUAAAUCUAUCAAUAUGUAAAAUUAAUUAAAAAGUAUUGAAUUUUUGCAACAACAAUUAAACGGCAGCACUUUUGCUACAUACGAUCAAAA